UUGGCAGUAGUUAUCUAUAAGAUUAAGGUUAUGAAAAUUGGUUAAUUAUUUAGUGUAUCACAGUGUGCACGAGUUGCUUAAAGGAUAGAUAGCAAUAAAACGUGUUUGUAGUGUGAUCACAUGAAAUGAAGUGGAAGAUGUCAUUCAUAUUUGGUUGAAGAAUGUAGACUACAGCUUUAGAGGCAGACGUAAGAAUUGAAACUACUGGUGGAAGCAGAAACGGGUCAUGGGAAUGACGUAAGGGUCAUUGUGCAAGACUUGGGCGACAGAAUAUCGUGUCUUCGAAGCAGAGAUAGAGGAUUUCUAAAUUAAAAUUCAGAAUACAAAAUGGGCGAAAGACGAGGCACAAAGGCACUAGAACUCUGGUGUCGACGAAUAACCGAGGGUUACCAUGGUGUAAAUGUGCAAAAUAUGACAACUUCUUGGAGAGACGGUCUCGCCUUUUGCGCAAUGAUUCAUCAUUUCCGUCCAGAUCUGAUUAACUUCGACGAUUUAGACAAGAACGACGUGUACGGGAACAAUGAACUGGCGUUUAGAGUAGCAGAACAGCAUCUUGGAAUUCCUGCACUUUUGGAUGCAGAAGACAUGGCCUCUUGCUCUGUACCGGAUCGAUUGUCAAUUCUUACCUACUUAUCACAAUUUUAUCAGACCUUCAGUGGUUCGUCUCCAACUCGACUCGCAAUGAAUAGAGCUACAGAAACUGUGGAUGGAAGAAUCACGCAAAUGCCUGAAUCACCGAAAGAAAAGGAGGCGUCGUGCUUGGGAAUGCGAAAGGAUCUGUGCGCCGUAUGUGGGCUUCCAGUUUUUCUAGCGGAAAAGUUGGUACUAGACCACGUUGCUUAUCAUCGUACCUGCUUUCGCUGUGCACGAUGUAGUAAUCAGUUAACCCUUGGUAAUUAUUACGAGACCGAGGAAGGGCAACAUUGCUGUGAAACGUGCCCUGAUGAAGAAAUUCCAUCGUUCGCUAUACAAAGCUGCAGCGAUUCUAUAACACCUGAUGAAACCGAAAAAGAUAUCAUGACAGAUUCAACUUAUACCCGACCUUUUCGUGAUAACGAAAACGUGGAUGAAAGAAUGAUUUGUCGUAAUUCCAUCAAAACGAUAUUAAAUAGCAAUGAUUCUUCUGUUCCCGAUAUAAUUGCACAAACUUCUCGAUUAAGACUGAAUUUCAUAUCGAAUGAGCUACUCUCGGACAAAGCGAUGGAAACAUUUACCACUGAUAGCUCACCAAUGAAUGACAAUGUGAAAAGUGGUUUCGACCAAAAUCGUGUAAAUUUUGAAACAACAAAUGCAGAUCUCACAUUGCCAAUUAACGAUAAUUACGAGGAACAAGGGAAGCAAGAAGAAAAAUGUGACUUUCAUGGUGCUUCUUCAAUAGCAGAAGCUCUAAGCGUGAAAGGUACGGUUCAAGGGACAAGUGGAGACUGUGCAAUAAUGAAGAACCAUGAUCACGAUAAAUUAAACGUUAACGGUAAAAAGCAGAAAGAAGAGUUAACUGUAAUCUUAGAUCAGAAUGAAGUUAAGGAGAAGUCAAUGCUUCGCGAUAACACUAAGGUAUCAUUGUCUGAGACGAUCGACGAAUGUACGAACGCUAAGAGUAGUCUUUCUCUAGUUCAAAAGAGACGCAUGAUGUUUGAAAGUAUGAAAGAUCAUGUUGAAACAAAUGACACCAAACAUCAAAGCACCGAAACGUGCAAAUUUAAGAUACAGCCUGAGGAGCAUGAUGUAACGGAAAGAAAAUAUACAAGUUUGCCAAAUAGUUCAGAUGCGACAAAAGUAGUCGAUUCAUAUGACGGAUUAAGAGAUAACGCUGAAAAUUUUUGUAGCGAGAAAGGCGAAAAGAGUCCAAAUAUAACGGCUCCGUCCGAACUAUCGUUACCACACGAAUCGAUGGUAUUUCAAAGUUCAUCGAUUCAUUCAUCGGAUAAAGGAAAUAGCGUAGAUCAAGCACUUGUAAAAGUUAACUUAAAAAAAGACUACCCUGAAGAUUUAAAUCCUUUUAGAAGUGACGAAGAGGAAGAGAUUACCAAUAAUCCUAAAACAAACGCAAACACUUUAAAGACUACCAGAGAUUCAACAAAUCCUUUUGAAAAUGAAAAAGAAGAAGGGGAAGAAGAAGAAGAAGUGGAAGAAGAAGAAGAAGAAGAAGAAGUAGAAGAAGAAGAAAGAGAAGGAGGAGGAGGAGGAAACAAAAAAGGGACCGCGAAAAAGAUGGAAAUUAUUCCACCAAAGCCAGCUACGAGAAAUAAUUUCAGCAACAAGAAUGCAGGGCAAGAGAUUCUCAUGGAGAGACCGACAAAGCGACGUUUGGCGGCACCGCAAAUUAACUUAAACCCUUUCUGGAGUGAUGAAGAUGAUCAACAUAGCGAUGUGGAGUCCAACGAAAAGCCGUCCGACAUUGUGCCCAUUCCUAAACCACGCACUAUUAAACACGUUCAGGAAAUGAGCACGCAUGAACAAAAAUCGGAUCACCAUUGCGUUGAUUUACACGUAUCGAGUAGUUCUUUAAGAAGUACAGAGUCAAAAACACGUUCUGGAGGAACUUAUAGAAAGAAAAAACCAGCGCCAUUACCGCCUGACAAGAAGGAACAAAGUUUAUCCAAUCAGCGUACAUCUUCGCUGUCUAAACUACUCAAUAAUCCUGCUGGAUAUGACGAAUCGUCUUCGCACACAAUGCCUAAGGCACGUAAGAUAAAACCAGCUCCACCACCACCACCAAUUUCAACAAGUACUCCAUCUAAUGCGUCCCCUAGCUCAAUAGUGAAUUUUGAAGAAUCUCCUAUAGGUAAAUCGCACAAUGUGACUAAAGAGAAUAACAUUUGGGAAGAACAAAAGACUAACAAAGAUGAGGCAAAUAGGAACAGGCAAAAUUGUACGAACUCGUCAUGCGAAGAAAAUUUCCAUCAUAAAUCAUACGUAGAUAAAAGUAUGGAAGGAAAAUGGAAAAGGAAAAAAGGGCCUGCUCCACCUUGUCCGAUACCACAUAGAAGAAAGAUUAAAGUAAUGUCCCUUAAGGACGUUAAAUUUGAAUUAGAUGAAAUAGAAAUGCAACAACAGGGCUUGGAGAAACAAGGUGUACGAUUGGAACAAUUGAUUAGAAGUAAAUGUGAAUCUGGAUCCAGAAAUAACGAUGUUUCUCUUGAUACUACAGAUGUGGAAGAAUUAAUUAUGGAGUUAUUUGCUUUGGUAAACGAAAAGAAUGAACUAUUCAGGCGACAGGCAGAAUUGAUGUUACUACGAAGACAACAGAGAUUAGAAGAAGAACAUGCUGAAAUAGAAUAUCAAAUUCGGUGUUUAAUGUCGCAACAUGAGUCAACAAAAACGGAUUUCGACAAACAAAGGGAAGAAGCAUUGAUACAGAGAUUAAUAAAAAUUGUCGAAAGACGAAAUGAAAUUGUGGACUGUUUGGAAAUGGACCGCCGUAGAGAAAUGGAAGAAGACAGAAGUAUACAUAGACACAUGGAUCUGUUUGCUGCUAGGAAUAAAAGUGAACCAUCAAAUAAUGAUAAGGACACAGUUGAAAGGAAGAAACGAAAGCCAAUGAAACUAAAGGAAAAAGUGAAAGAGAAACAACUAAGAAAAACAUUGAAGAAGGAUAUGGAUAAGGAUGUAGAUGAAAUUGAGUUAAAACUCAAACGUCAUACUAAACGGAAAUGGUUUUAG